CUGGCAUAGUGUAAUAAAUUUAAGUUGUAAACGUGUUUCAAUUCAAUUAUUUUUUUGUUUUUUUUUUUUUUACAUAUUUAGUUUUAAAAUUUGUUGCAAAAAGUGGCAGAGCCCAAUUUAAAUUCAAGAUCAUAGAGGAAAAGUUGAAAAGACAAAAAAAGAAAACCAAGUUUAAUAACAAGAACCAACAAAAGAUUUGCGCGGGCAAAAGCAAAAAAGCAAUAAGGCAAAAGGAACGAAAAGGAAGAGCGCAGGCCCAAAAAUGCCGAAACAGUCGAGCAGCGUGAAGAGGACCUCGCUCAGCGCCGUGGAGCAAUACGAGCUGAACCAAUGGCUCGAGGAGAACCGCAUAAAUUCAUCAAAUUUGCGACGCUCGUUUACGGACGUGCUGCCGCUGGCCCGGCUCAUGUCGCGCUACUAUCCGGAUAUGAUUGAUCUGAACUAUUAUCCGCCGCGGAACAGUGUCCAGAAUAAGCUGUGCAAUUGGGAAUCGUUCAAUAAGCGUGUGCUGGCACGGCUCGGCCUACAGCUGACACGCGAUCAGAUGGUGCGCGUGGCACGCAGCGUGCCCGGCUCUGUUGAUCUCUUGCUGUACAGCGUGAUGCGUGUCCAGAUGGCGGCGGAGCGCAAGGCGCGCGAGGAGCGGCCCAGCAGCGGGGACGACGACGACAUGAACGUGGACGAGAAGCAGUCGGCCGGCCAGCCGGAUGACACAAAGGAUGACAGGGCCGGCAUCAAGCCAAUGGGCGUGGCCGUGGAUACGGUUAACCGGAGCCUGAAGCAGACGCCGGCGUUGCCAUUGAAGCGUGCUGCCGCUGCAGCGGUGAGUGUGAAAGCAGGUGUUGCACGCGGUGGUGGAAGUGGAGGUGGAGGCGGAGGCGGCGUUGCAUCGACUGGUCGCAACAAGAGGCAACAGCUGACAAUGUCCGGGGCCAGCAGCCGGGAGCUGAGCCAUACGCAGCGGCAAAGAGGCCGUCAAUCAGUUGCAGCGAAAAAACGUUAAAAUCGAGCGUUUCAAUCAGUGGAGCGCCCAUCUGGAGAACAUGCUGCAACUG